AUGACGGUCACUUCCGAGCCAUCCUUACCUUCUAUGCAGACGACAGUUCCCGGUCCGUUAACUAAUGCUACUAAGUCGAAACUGGAUGUCAUUUUUGAUGCCCGAACCCCGCAGAUGGUUAUUGACUAUGACAAAAGCUCUGGAAGCUAUUUAGUCGACAUAGAUGCCGCACAAUCACCAGCAAUGAUUUCAACACUGGUUAAUCGUCCAGCCAUUGGCAACUUCCCCUCUCAGCAGUGGUUUAAUCUGUUACGCGAUGGCCCCAUGCGCGCGGCUCCACCCGGAUGCACCCAGGUUUUCACAGCACAGUCGGGGUCUGAGGCCAACGAGCUAGCCUUCAAGGCCGCAUUCAUGGCCUAUCGCCGGAAGCAAAGAGGAGUUGCACCUUGGUCCGAGCAUGAGCAGGAAUCUGCCAUGAGGGACCAAACUCCCGGAUCCCCUGAUCUGGCUAUCCUCAGCUUCGAGAACUCUUUCCACGGCCGUGGAUUCGCUAGUCUGUCUACUACUUGCUCCAAACCACGUUGUCUGCACGAGAUUGAGCACGUCAUUGAUUCGUGGCACUGCCCUGUGGCUGGGAUCAUCGUUGAGCCAAUUCAGAGUGAAGGUGGCUUCGGUGGUACGGGCAAAUUCUGGGGCCAUGAGCGUUGGAAUCUUUCCGCCCCUGCUGAUAUCGUGACUUUCUCUAAGAAGGCACAGACUGCGGGCUACUUCUUCAGUGACAACUCUCUUCGUCCUGAUAGAUCUUACCGGCAAUUUAUACGUAAGACUGAGUGGAUGGGUGAUGUUGCGCGUGUAAUCAUGUGUAAUGCAGUGAUUGACGAGAUACUCAGCGAAAAUCUAGUAGAAAAGACAGCUCGCGUGGGUGAACCUCUUCAUGAGAGGUUUGCUACUCCGGCCACGAGAUAUCUAGAUUUCAUAUAGAACCUUCGCGGCAAGGGCAAGGGAACUUAUCUUGCUUGACACCCUCGACUCCAGUACCUUGCUAAAGGAAAUGCGCAAUCUCGG